UACUCCUACACAGCUCCGGCUCAGCAUCCCCACUAACUGCCUUCUGUCCCUGCUACCAGAGAGAAGUGAGCGCCGGUGUGAAGAAAGACAGAUAAGAGCAGGCCUGGGCACACCUCCUUCAGGAUGACCACCACAGCUCCAUGCAUGCUCCUUGCAUUUUUCUUCUUGAGGAGCACUUUGGCUUCUCCGUUCCAGCUGGCUCCGGACACCCCUGCCCCUGCUGAACCUGCUCCCACCAGGCCCACCCCUCGCCCGGACCCGUGUGAGGGAGUGCCCUGCCUGAACCGAGGCUCCUGUUUGGCCCUUACCUCUGAUGGGCCACUACGGGACACCUGGGAGUACGCCUGCACCUGCCGGCCGGGGUACACCGGCCGCAACUGUGAGUUCUUCACAGACCCAUGUGCCAGCAGCCCCUGUCUCCAUGGCAACUGCAGCCAUAGCGACGGUGAUGCUGGGGAGCUGGCCUUCACCUGUGAGUGCAGCGAUGGAUACGAGGGAGUGAGGUGUGAUCAGAUCCUGCUGGACCUUCCGCCUGCCGAAUGGGAGCCGGCCACCCCCUCUGUGCCCGAGCCCGCCACCCCAGUCGCCCCGACAACCACAGCUGCCACUCAGCCGCCCCAGCCAACCACAGUGUCAUCCACCACAACGCCUGCCCCGCCCACUCUGCCUCCAUGGCAACCCAAGUCCGGACAGAGGCUGCUGGUGGUGCCCUGGGAGGCAGACAGGGUGACUGAGGGCCUACGCUGUUUAAGCCCUGAGCUGUGUGAGCUGACAUCUGGUACUCUCACUCUGGCUCUGGAGGUCCCUGAGGAAACAGCCGUCAAGGUGCUGGUGGGUGCUAGCGGAGCUCCGGUGCUGUGGCGGGUCAGUGAAGAAGGCUUCCUCCGCUCCUCCAUCGUGAAUGGCACCACCCUGACCUUCUUACAGGCUGAGGACGGACUGGUGCUGCCCGACUACCUGCUCCCACUAGGACAGAACUACUUCCUCAGUGUGGUGCGUGUCGGUGCCCCCACUGCCCCGGAGGUCACACUGCGUCUGAACUUGACAGUGAAGGCCAGCAGCUGUGUGGAGCCUGGGAGCAGCUUCAGUGAUCCACAGUGUUCUGGGAAAGGGAGAUGUAUCACACAGCCAUCUGAAAGCACUUUCUUCUGCGACUGCGACGACAGCUACACUGGGAUCUUCUGUGAGGAGUUUGACGCCUGCCACCAUAGACCCUGUCGCAACAACGGCACCUGCUCUGACGUGAGGCAGGGGGCACAAGGACGCAACUUCACCUGCUCCUGUCCGCCAGGUUUUGAAGGCGAGCGCUGUCAGCUUUUGGUGGAUCACUGCCUCUCCCAACCCUGCAAGAACGGAGCCACAUGUUUCAGCAGCUUGGCCGGACCUAGGUGCUACUGUUCCGAAGGGUACCAGGGUCCCACAUGUGAGCAGAAGGUGGAUCCCUGUGCCUCCAGCCCAUGCCACAACAAUGGGACAUGCUACCCCCAGGGCCCCGGGCCGCUGGGCUUUGGCUGCAGCUGUCCCGCCGGCUUCACAGGCCCCACAUGUGCUCAGCUGGUGGACUUCUGUGCCCUCAACCCCUGUGCCCAUGGAGUGUGCCGCAGUGUGGGUAACAGCUACCGGUGCCUCUGCAUCCCAGGCUACCAUGGUUUGUACUGUGAGGAGGAGUACAACGAGUGUCUCUCCGCCCCCUGCCAGAACUAUGCCACCUGCAGAGACCUCAUCAAUGCUUACGAAUGUGUCUGCACCUCUCAGUUUGAAGGCAGACACUGUGAGAUCUACAAAGACCCCUGUCUGAGGAUGCGCUGUCAGAAUGGUGGACACUGUGAGAGUACAGGGCUCAACGCGUCUUGUGUCUGUGCUCCCGGAUACCAUGGUGAAAAGUGUGAGAUCGACAUCAAUGAGUGUGAGAGCAACCCCUGUCACCAUGGCGGCUCCUGCAUUGACCAAUCAAACGGCUUCACCUGCCACUGUCCGCCCGGGUGGGUGGGGCCCAGCUGUGAGAUCCAUUUGCAGUGGAAGCCGGCGCACACUGAUGACACGCUGACCAACAUGCCACGUCAUUCCCUGUACAUCAUCAUUGGAGCUCUGUGUGUGGCAUUCGUCCUCAUGCUAAUCAUCCUCAUUGUGGGCAUCUGUCGCAUUAGCCGCAUCGAGUACCAGGGCUCCUCCCGACACGCCUACCAGGAGUUCUACAACUGUCGCAGCAUUGACAGCGAGUUCAGCAACGCCAUCGCCUCCAUACGCCACGCCAGAUUUGGCAAGAAGUCCCGGCCCGCCAUGUAUGAUGCUACCCCUAUUGCUUAUGAAGACUACUGUCCUGAGGACAAGCCUUUGGUUACUCUCAUUAAAACAAAGGAUUUGUAAGCAAACAACCAUGCCAACUUUUAGAAUUAACUACAUGCUGCAUACACCCAAACACACAUCUAGUAUAUAAAGCAUAGAAUUUCUUACAAAAAACAAAUAACAGCAAAACUGCGUGAAUGUAAAAUCAAAUAAAAAAGUAGUAGAUUGUAGUUUGAAGAGAUCAAAUCUGGAAUUUGAUACAUCUAUUUUCCUGUUUAAGGCUGUCUGUAGUGGUAGAAGCAAACUUGUCUUCAAUAAACAUCAAUAAUGAAUGGGCAACAUGAGCAGUAACUUAGAGAAGACUUUAGUCUGUCCAGCCCGUCUGUCCAUAUGGGUGAGGUUUAGACCAGUUUUUAGCCUACACUUGGCAGACACAGUGUUGUAGACAUAGGUGCACUCCUAUGAGGCACACAAUGUAUAUUUUCUAUAUUCAAAAACUGCAGUAGGUUGCCUUACAUUGUGCAUGGUUACAUUUGUUGUUCUGCUCAUUACUUAAAUCCUAUUUGUACUUCCGUUGUAUUGUAUGUUGGAUAAUAUUUUACAUUGCAGUAGUCAAGAUUGUGCCAAAUAUUUCUCUGGACCAUUUGUGGUUAUUUGAAUAUUAACUUGUAUUUAUUCAUAAUUAAGCUUUAUUUUAAAGUACAUGUUGUCCAAUUUGUUACAGUUAUCAAUGGUAAAUGAAUAGAAAAGAAAGUGUAGGCCUACAGAUUGUAUCGCUCUUUAUCAAUAAUAAUGGCAGAGCAAAUUGUGGUUUUGAUGUUCUUGCAAUGUGCCAAUACACUUUACAAUAAUACAAAUAAUAUUCUCUUGGAAGUGUGAGAAAUAGAGAUAAGAGGUAACAUUGACCGCACCAGUGUAUACUCUAUGUGCUUUUGUGUCAAUGGAAACUUUCAGUGUGCCGCGGUGUUGUUCUCCUCAAGGUUAAGCUGUGAUUUAAUAAGCCCAGCUAAUCUCCUUGUUUUCCCUCUCAUUUUAAUACAGAAUUCACAUGCUUAUCUAUUCCCACUAUUGAAUGAUGUAAACAAUAAAAACUGAAGUGAC